CAGGAGAAUAUAGCAUAUACCUCUGCAUCAUUUUCAAUUCCUUUCUCUCUUCACCUCCUGUCUCUUUCCUUUUCUCCCCACUCUUCUUCACCUCCACCCCUGCAUCUUCUGUUUCUCCUUUCUUCUGCCACUUCUUGAUUCUGUGUACUGAACUUCUCUUUUCAAAUUCAUCUUAUCGGUCUCUCUCUCUCUCUCUCUCUCUCUUUCUGCCUCACAUGACCAUCACUCACCCACUCAAACCAGAGCAUCUGUGCACAGUCUUGGAAAUAUUCAGAUGAUGAGUACCAAUGGAAAGGGCCCUUCUACUUCAUCCAAGGAGCAGAUCCUCAGUUUGGACUGAUGAAAGCUUGGGCAGUUGGAGACACUAACAAUGGAGAUGAUGAAUGGGGAGAAGAAAUCAAAUUAGCAGAGCAAGCAGUGCAGGCCAUUAACAAGCUAAACCCUAAACCCAAGUUCUUUGUGUUGUGCGGAGACCUUAUCCAUGGAAUGCCAGGAACUCAAUGGAGAAAAGACCAAGAGCAAGAUUUAAAGAAUGUUCUGAAAGACACCCACCAGGACAUACCACUGCUAUUUGUCAGUGGAAAUCAUGAUAUUGGCAAUACCCCAACAAGAGAAACAAUAGAGCAUUACUGCAGUAACUGGGGAGAUGACUACUUCAGCUUUUGGGUUGGAGGUGUUUUCUUUCUUGUGUUGAAUUCUCAGUUGUACUUUGAUUCUUCCAAGUGCCCUGAGCUGAAGCAAGCCCAGGAUGUAUGGCUCAAUGAGCAACUGGCUAUUGCUGAACAGCAGAAAUGCAAGCAUAUAAUAGUGUUCCAGCACAUCCCUCUGUUUCUGAGAAAACCUGAGGAAGACCAUGAUUAUUUCAACUUGGAAAAAUCAGUUCGUCAGGAGCUAAUGGAAAAGUUUCAUAAAGCAGGUGUUAAAGCUGUAUUUUCUGGACAUUACCACAGGAAUGCUGGAGGGUCCUAUGGAGGACUGGAAAUGGUGGUUUCAUCAGCAAUAGGAUGUCAACUGGGAGAAGAUACUCAUGGGCUUCGAGUGGUGGUUGUCACAGAUGAGAAGAUUGCUCACCGAUACUACAGUUUAGAUGAACUGAGCAGUCAAGGCAUAGAGCAAGAGCUGCUGGCUAUGCUUGCUGAGCACCCUUAGGCUGUGUCCAAUUACCUGGGGUUUUUCCAUGUUAGACAAAUAGAAACUGUUUCAGAAAGUUUCCCCAAGCUGAAGAGAGAGAUUUCUGAUUGUGCACCAUGCCCCAGAACAGCUCUCCAUUUGUUAUCAUCCUAAAUAGAAAGGUUUCUCUUUCUGAAAAUGAGACCUAUGAGGCAUAGGGAAGAAUAGCAGAACUGAUACAGUAAUGUAUCAUUGAAAAGAACAGUUCUCAAAAGUUUUACUUUGCUCUUAUAUAAGAAUUUCUUGUCAGAGAAAAAGUGUACCAGAGUGAGAAUUGUAGCUUCUAGAUAACCCUUUAACUCAAGUGUUUCUUAGUUUUAUAUUUGAGAGGGUAUUUUAAAAUCAAUAAAUUUAUUCAUUUCUGUUAAGCUCUAGACAAUAUAAAUGGAGCAUUUUUUUUACUCUGUCAAAACAAAUCUCAAACACCAGACUUUUAGCAACCUUAAUACCAGAUCUUGUUGCCUAUACAGCUUAUUUGCUUCUAUUUACCAUAGGUUAUUUCUUAGCUGUUCAGAGCCAGCAGCAACAGGAGAGGAGACAAGUUCUGUUUUGCAGUCACAACUUGGGUUUCUGUUAUGUCCUGGUUUUACAUAAUGGGAAGUUUAUAAAUGAAGCUAAUAGAGAUGCCAUUGACAGAAACUAAACAUGGAACAACUAUUUUUCUUUUGAAAUGUAACUACCAAUCAAUUAGCUAAACCAUUCUUGCUAUAGCUUCACCAGUUGGAAUAGUUGGAAUGUUCUGUGCUGAAUACUGUUAUCAGAACUCACUUUGUUGAUUCAUAGACAGGGGGAGAGCUCUAAUCUCCAAAUGCAAUGUAAGAGUGCCUUGCUUAAAUAUUAUACAAUAUUAAAUGUUGAAACCUCCAAAACUGUAUUUUCUUCACUGGAAUAAGUCUUCUUUAAAAAUAAAUGCUAUAAAAGAAGUUUA